AUGGAUCUGGAUACGGGGGAGCAGAAAAAUAACAACAACACCAAAAAUAAUGACCAAAGACCCGUGCAGAGAUUGAGCGCUUUUGGUCGCCUGCCCCUCAACGUCAUUCGGAAGGUCCUUUACACGGUCGAUGCCAACACGUUUGCCUCCCUCGCCAUCUUGAAUGAGCAAUGGAGGCAAGCGUCAAAUGACGCCGAGCUGUAUGCACACCACCUCACCCGAUGCCCACUCUUCGCAGCAUAUCAUGGUACCGGCACUAGCUCGACAACUACACAGAACCUUGUCCAGUUGAAACGACAGUUCGGCAGAGAGAUGCGAAAGAAUGUGUUCCAGGCAUUUCUACACCCUCGCAAAACGCUGGUCACGUUGAUAUCAAGCUCGGUUGGGUCGUCAGCAGCACUACCGACAGGUGAGGCAAUAAAAUUCGAGUUUUCUGCAAAUGGCCACAUACUGCUUUGCCUCAGCUCCUCUCGAAUAUUUGUCCUGGAUCUAGCCGCACCGGAAAUCAAGGUUCUAUAUGAAUUGAAGACUUCGCGCAUGCCCCUAGCGGCGACAAUCCUCGAUGACGGCCGUGUUCUUGCCGUGGUCUCACAUCGCCACCAAGUGAACAUUUAUCACUUAUCCAGACAUGAAGCCAAACAUGUCCAGGUACUGACGUUGAAUGAUGUCCCACGGGCUCUCGCUCUUGCGCCAAACGGCAGCGUGCUUGGCAUCGCAUAUGAUGGGAGCAUCGAAGUACACGCACUGGGUGAAGAUGUCAUACCGACUCCGUGUCGAGCUGUCCGCUGCGGAAGAAUUGAUACUCUAUCAUUCUCCCCGGAUGGGUCCAUGCUUCUUGGCUCAUCCCUGGACUGUCCUGAUGUCGGCUUUGCCACCAUUACAGCCCCAUUUCCAACCGACUCCAUGGUGGACCUGAGCAAUCAGGAGGCUCACAUGUGGACUACGCAAAUAUUAUUUCCCGACAUAGUCCCUGGUUAUAGUUAUGUGGCAUUAUUGCCGAGUCGGAUCAGUGGUGAUGAUGACUGGGUAAUGGGCUACGACAACACUCUCAAAAUCUUUCGGGCGGUUCGGCCAAAAGAGCCCAGAACUUGUUCGACCUAUUUCCCAGGCCCGGCUCCGCAAGAAGGCUCAGAAGAGUUUAUGCCUUCUCUCAGCCCUGCUGUUGACCCGAAGGGUGAACUCGUUGCCCUGGCGUUCCGGGGUGGUGGUCUAUUUCUUUAUGGUCUUCCUGAUGAUUUGACUGCAACGCCAGUAGAAUCAAACGAUGCUAUUAACUUUACCAGUUCAACUUCUGAAAACACUCAGGAGCACACUAAGACUGUCGUUAAGGGGCCCGGGAAAGGCUUUGACCAGCCAUCGCUGUUCAUAGGAGGCCGAAAAGUAGCUGAUAUUCCAGGAUUGACUGCCGCUCACUGGGUAGGACGAGGACGCUCUGAGAAUAGUGAUAUAUUCUCUCGGCAAAGACUGGUUGCUGUAGCGCCAGGUGGCGUCACCUCUUCUUCGCUUGGGGAUGAGACGAUACCAGUAGACGGAGGAAGGAUAUUGAUUUUUGAUUUUCGACCUUCUAUAGAAGACGGCGAAACUGUCGAAUUGAUAAUUGAACUAGGAGUAGAAGUGCCAUUGGUGCUCAGAGAGCCUGAUGCGAAUCUUGAACAAGAAGUGGAGCUUGAGAGAAGGAGAACUCAGCUGCGUCGGGGUGCGACCAAUCCACCACGGCCAGAGGUACGGAACUCGCUUACCAUACCUGUUCCUCCAAUACCAGACAUGUCCAGCCAGAGGAGCGAGUCGUCGGCUUCACCGGUCUUGGGUUCUGAAGUUGGCGAUGUUACAUUGUUUCUGGAAGGACCAUACAGCAAUACCGCUCCUCGUUCUAGAGAUACCCUGCAGCGCGCAGCAACGGCGGCAGCUAGCAAUCGAAGGCCUCAGCAUGUGGUCCGGGAACCGGAACGCCCUAGAGGACCUGUUUUGCAUAUUCCUCAUGAGAGCGAUGCAGACAACUGGGUACCACCCCCACCACCUUAUUCUCGAAAUCCUGAUCAACCUCUCCCCGAACACCUCAGACAACUACUUCUUCCUACGAUGACGGCUCCUCCUGGUGGUACAAUGGAUCAACUACCUCAGCAACCGAGGAGAGCGAGUACAAACGAGGUUGAUCGACCUGAAGCAGGUUCCGGUGGCGGUUCUGGUAUACUCUCAAGACGUUGGAGUACGCGUAGGCGUACUGUAGAUGUACCAGAAGAUCCCACAGGACGAGCUCGAUUGGCUUUUAGGCCUCGUUCUUUUCAUAGAGCAGUAGCUUCUUCAAGCGGUAACCUGCAACCUCCAGCCAUGCAGGAACAGAUCGCUCAACGCGUACCUUCUCGCGAGAGCGAUAGGAACAGACCAUCUUCCACAGUACCACGGCAGGGAGUACGAGAAUCAAUCGAUAGCGGGAGUCAAACACUAUCUCGAGCGGUCCUCAAGAAGCAACCCAGGAACAGCAAACUCUUCGGCACAUUUCGAAAGGCCACCAGCCACGGAUCAGUGGCCAGUCAGUCGAACAACGAUGAACAACAGCAGUACCUACAAACUCCCAAUCUAAGGAGAAACAAGUCGAUAAUGGGCAACGGCAGAUUCUCGCGUUCAUCCCCAAACCUUGCCAUUGGCGGCAACGGGGCAAUAAAUCGCAUGUCCACGAUCUACAGCAACGCCUCGAGAUCCGCGGAACAACAAAACAGCGGCGUGCAUAGGACCCGGUCUCAAUCCGAAGCUGCUCAAAUUCCUUCCGCACCAUUAACAGAGGAGGCUCUUCAAUAUGCGCUUGAGCUACAGCACGCCGCAGAUGAAAGAAGACUACAAAUCCAAUCACACAACGAGCCACUCUCAGAACAUCAACAACAGCAACAACACCCACAAGCAGCCACCGCAGCCAAUGCAGAAUGGCAACAACCCAAUCCCCUUGACUCCGAAGACUGGCGCGCACGAAUAGAAGCAUGGAACAUGAAUACAAUCAACGAAGGAAGGAAAAGCAAAGGCAAGAAUGCGCGAUGCAUCGUUAUGUAA